ACAAAAUGCCACCUGUCAGAAAGAAGUUUAUUGAGAUCCUGGAAAAGGCAAUGGAAGAGGGUGAAAAGAUGACUCGAGAGGAGAUGCUGUUUACUUAUGAUGGGGUGAUGUACCCUACUGCUCUUUGCAGUCUGGAGGUCUUCAAGGCUCUCGAGUCCUUCAAAGCAAGGAGUGAUGAUGUCAUGCUGGCUGGAUAUUGUAAAUCUGGUACUAACUGGGUUGGCCAGAUAGUUACAGAUUUAGUAAUAACAUCUGCAAAGAAACAUGAACCGCACAAGUUGAAUGAAGAACUGCUGCUGGCAGAGUUUCCCUAUCUUGAAAUUGGAGAUACUGAAAAAUAUAAGAGGAUGAACACCUAUCCCUCAAGAAGAGUUAUGUUUACUCACCUCCGUGCCGAUAAGCUUCCAACAUCUGUCUUUGAGAAUAAAGCCAAAAUUCUGCUGCUGCUCCGGAAUCCAAAAGAUGUAGCUGCUUCUUUUUUCCAUUUUUCAAACAAUUUUUCUCCGUAUCCCCCUUACGACAACUUCAACGACUACUUCCGAGCUUUAAUGGAAGGACAAAUGCCCUGGGGAAGCUACAUUGAAUAUCUUUGUGUGUGGAGCAAGUAUAUUGAUAAAGAGAAUGUCAUGGCAGUAACGUAUGAAGAAAUUAAAGAGAACACAGCUAGGGAAGCCAAAAAGAUAGCCGAAUUCGUAGGCCUGAACCUAGAUGACGAAGAUAUUCAUGGUGUUGCAGAAAGGAGCACUUUCAAGGCUAUGAAGGAUAAUUCCAAAACCACUCAUGGUGAAUUUGGAGAUGUCCUGUUCCGUAAAGGCGGUGUAAGUGACUGGAAGACACUUUUCAAUGAAGAAAACAAUCAGGAAAUGGACACAAUAUUUAAAGAGCGUUUAGGAGGAACCAAAGUGGGGGAAAAGAUAAAGUACGACAUUUACUGCAAGCCUUGAAGAUCGAGGAAGACCCACAGCAUCU